GAAAUUGGAUUGUAUAUUACAAAAUAAAAUUAUAAUUCAGUUUAUGACUGUUUGACCUAAUCUGCUAGGAUACAUCGUGUGUAAUAUGUAUAAAUGCAAUUCUGCCCUCAUGAUUAACCGGUUCCACCGUCUGCAUUAAAAUUAAAUAAAUAUAUAAAUUUGUUAAAUAAAUAUAUAAACUUGUUUUUACUUUAUUGGGUUUUUACAUCGUGUAACUUCCCCGACCUUUCAUUUUCACACAAGGGAAGUAACUUCCAUUUAUCUUCUCCUCUAAGAUUAAUUUCACGGCAUCUCUCAGAACUCCGGGGAAAGUCGUCGACAAUCAUUCCGGUGUUGGUGAAGGGCGUCGGUAAUUGGUUCCGUAUAAGGCGGAUUGAAUCUCAAAAACUUCCAAAAGGUUUCUUCUUCGGAAACGUGAAGCUAGAGAAGCGUCGAGGAUUUGAAGUUCGAAAAGGCUCGCAAUGGAAGAGGUGGAACUGCCAAGCAGAUUGUUUGAGACUGGGUUUGAGCCAGUUGGAAGAAAGAGGGUUAAUAGUUACUUCAACCUUCGGUGGAUAGAGUUGAUCAAGCUUGCAUUAGAUGAGGAAGAUUUGGAGAUGUUGCAAGGAACACAGUUUGCUACAGUCCUUCGUAUGGGUGGUCAUACGUUCUCCGUCAUGUUUGCUCAUUAUUUUCUCUCGCUGCAGUUGGUAACUUUGAAGGAGUUUGAGUUAUGGUGGACGUUUGCCGGAAAGCCGAUACGAUAUGCCAUAGAAGACUUCGCUCUAGUAACUGGUCUAAACUGUGAAGAACCUCCUGCCUCCUCUAUGCGUGAGCAAGAGAAAGUUGUUGUUAGAGCCAAAGGAAAUGCGAAAGGAAAAGGGACAACAUCAAAAUCGUCCAUAUGGGAAGCUUUGUUUGGUGGAGAAGACAAACCCACCCCUAACUGGAUAAUGGAUAGGCUCAUAUUGGGAAAAAAAUACAAGGACUCCGUGACGCGUUUGCGUUUAGCAUUGCUGGUUCUUGUUGAGGGAAUUUUGUGUCCAACGUGCGGGUCAACGAAGAUUCGUCCAAAAGUUGUGAACAGGCUGGGUAAUAUAGAUGAGUUUCUCAAAUAUCCGUGGGGCCGAGAAUCGUUUUUACUCACCGUCAACAGUGCAAAACCACGGUCACCGCUUCAGUAUGUGCAAGACACCAUUGCGAUUCAGGGGUUUGUACACGCAAUGGUUCUUGUGACCUUAACGGCCUGUCCUGCGAUAUUUGUCAAGGCAAAGGAUGGGGCGCCAAUUCCUGAUGAUAAUAGAGGAUCGAAAGAAAUUUUGGAGAGUUUGGUCUCUAGAAAAUUGGCUGUUAAUGUUCCUUGGGCGAAGACUGUUGACCAAAAGGGCCAGGUAUGCCUUUUGUUACUAUCGAGUAGUGGGAAUGAAAUAUGUUAUCCACAGUAGUAGUCUGAUUUCGAUUGAAUUGUGGUGAGGAUUGUUGUUAUUGUUUGACAGUACUUAUAUAGUAUGGUUCACUCCCACCAAGUAGAAUAGAACAACCACAGUUUAUGGAUCACUUGUUAGUGAUAAAUAGUAUAGUUCUUACACAUCUGGUUUGGGUUUACUAUUUUCAUUUUAGGGUUUAGUUUUCCAGAUUUGGUUUGGGUCUAUUAUUUGGUUUAUGUUGUUUGUGUAGUACAGUAGUAGUCUGAUUUCGAUUGAAUUGUGUUGAGGAUUGUUGUUAUUGUUUGACAGUACUUAUAUAGUAUGGUUCACUCUCACCAAGUAGAAUAGAACAACCACAGUUUAUGGAUCACUUGUUAGUGAUAAAUAGUAUAGUUCUUACACAUCCGGUUUGGGUUUACUAUUUUCAUUUUAGGGUUUAGUUUUCCAGAUUAUCUAUACCGGUUAGGGUUUACUAUCUGCAGCUCCACCAGCUUCAUCUGAGUGUGUAGGCGAAUGUACUCCUCACGUGUGCACCCUAUGUCGGGUUCAAAGAUCCAACGUCUGUCUGCGUCACGGAUCCAUGUCCCAAGUACAAGUAAAACCAUAUCUUGUCCAUCCAUCUGAAAAUAGAGAAAAGCUUAUAGAAUUACUAUAUGAGUGGUACAAAGACUAUUCCAUUAUGUGGACCACUAGUUAUACUGAUGGAUGAUGUUAUAAGCAUAUACAUUGUCCAACAUUUAUUAUCAUAUGAUUACAGAACUAUUACCUGAUCGAUGCGGUUAAGCAUUAACUUCUUCUCUGUGUUCACCUUCUUCAGUCAAGCAUUAACUUCUUCUUUGUGUUUAUCUUCUUCAGUGUCUUUUGUUACAGAGAUAGAUUAACAGGUUGGAGUAAAUAGAAUACACAUAUAUUGAGAACAUCACCACUUAUUAUCCACACGUUUUUACUGAUCACCGUGCCAACGUAUGCGGUAAAUACGUUGGUGACGUUGCCUUCUGGUGAUGAUGUGAUGGUAAAUAGUUUACAGGCCACUCAUUUCCAUACCAUCGAAUUUUAGCACGUGGUUAGGUGAAAAUGGAAUACUUGUAUCAACUAGUGUCCACAUGUUUUUACUGAAAACCGUAAUACUGUAUGCGAUUUUUACAACUGUAACGUAUCUUCUGUAAAAUAUCAGGUACACACGUAUAUACCAUUUCAAACACAGCGAAGAUUACUAUACCAUAUGAAACACAGCAGUCCUCUCCUUCGCUCGCGGUAACCGGGAACUUGUACUGCAAAGGGGCAAAACCGGGCCUUUAUUGGGCUAAUUGUCAUCGAUUUCAUUAUGUCAAAAUCAGCGGUAUAUUCUUCAUUCCCUUCUCUAUUUUGAAUAUACACCAAAAUCUCCCUUAAAAUAAUGUCUAUAAAUUUUAAAGAAGGAGAAAGUCGUGCUCAUGUCGGCAUUAAUCUGUGCAUAAGUUACUCUAACUCAACGUUUCUUUUUGCACCAUAAGACAAAGGUUUUGUUUUAUUAACUAGGAGUACUUUAUAUAUUGGUUCAAACAACUAGUUUCAGGUAAAAAUUUAUUGUACAUUUUCUAAACAAAAACAUAAUUAAAUAUCUACAUAACCACAAUUCAACCAAUUAACAUAAACAAUACUAUAAUAUAAAGAAUUAUAUAGUAUAAAACUUAAUAAAUUUUACAUUAAAAUUUGAAAACUUCAUCUACUAAAAAGUAAAAGUUUUUAUCGGUAAACAUGAGAUUCGCUUUUAUAAGUAAGCACCAUGCAUGGAUAGGAGCACAAAAGUUUUAACAUUCACGAACUUUCAUCAAACAGACCAUAUCUAAUUUCAACACAUGUGCCUCCUAAGACGUUUCUUGUGUAAGCUUUGUUAUACAUGUUUGGGUUGCAAAUAAAACUUUGUUAGAGUCUUUUCAAUUUAUAUAUCUAUAUUUUUAGUCUAUGAAUAUAAUGGCAUAGCUAUAUCUAUAUGUUUCUUAUUAUCGUGGAUGAAUAGAAAUAUAGAAUGGCAUAGCAACUUAUAGUGAAUUCUUAAGCUACUCCUGAAAUUAAUUUGCUCGUAAUCAUUAAACUGCUCAUGAUAUCUAAAUUGUUCUUAUGUUUGAGUUCAUGCACAAAGCUUAUAAACAGUGGUACUGGUAUAUUAUAGCUUUCCUGCCGGUAUAAUAUAUCUUUCUAUCAACAAUACAAAGAAUAUUUAAUGUACUUAAUUUUUUUAAUUUGGAUACAACAAUGAAAACAUGUACAAAUCUAACAUGUUAUGAUCUAUGUAGCAGUGAAUAUCUAUGAGACAAAAAAUAAAUCUACUUGGUUUCAGACUUGAUAGAACCCGAAGACACUUUUUUUUCUUUGCACAACCAAAAAAUAUAUUUUGAAGGUAUAGAAGAAGAUUAAAGAAUACGAGUCUGUAUCAAAAAUUAUAUCCAAAAUAUAAAAAUAUUCUUUAGAUAUGGAACUAAUUUUAAAAUAGUUCGAUUUUAUUUGACUGUUUUGAAAGUGAUAUAUUUUCAAGAUACACACACACAUAUAUAUAUAUAUUUCUAUGUAAACUACAUAUUUAUUUGGUUAAUUGAAAAUUUGAUAUGGGUGGAUUCAUUGUUGUUUUAAAUCUUAACUUAUAUCACAAAUUUUAUUUAUUUGAUACAUAUAGCAUAAUUAGCCCUAUGUAAUAAUACAAUACAGUAUAAGAUUUGGCGUUGGUUCUUUAACUUUUGAUAAUGCUUAAUUAUGGACUUGUAGCAGUAUGAAAUUUCAUAUUAGUAUUAUAAAAGAAAAAGAGAGAGUAGGUGAUGUUUCCAAUGAGGGGACGGAGAGUGGUAGGUUUAUUGGGAUUGGGAUUUACAGAAUAGGUUUCACCAUCUACCAAAUCUGACACUUACCACAAUUCUAGUACUAUUUUAAACAUUUGUUGGCCAUAUAUCUACCUAGCCAGCCAGCCAGCUUUCGCAUUCGCUCAUUUAUUCAGACGCAACCUUUUUUCUACUGGAUUUCAUAAAUGUUUAAAUUAUGUAUACUAUAAUAAAGAGUCACAUCAAUAGGGUCAGUUAGUGUGCGUUGUUAAAACAAGAAAGGCUUACGCGGAGUUGAGAAAAUUGGUCUUUUAUGUGGGAAGAAAGAAAGAAGAAAAACAAAGAUGAAGAGGACAAAAACAAGUGUUAUGUUAUGGUUUUAUUAGUUGCAAAUGACUUUGUCUUCUCUUUUAUGUGGUUGAGAGAUAUGGACCAAACAAGGUAGACCCAAUGUGACGGUUUUAUCUUUGGGACAAUGGUUACAUGGGCAUGGGUCCCUUUUGUACCAUCCUUUGUCUUCUCUAAUCUCGUUACUUCUUUCUUUAACAUAAAUUGUAUAUUCAUUCAUAUCCUUAAUGAGACACGUUUUGGAUGUAUUCACUCUUCAAAUGUGAAAUGUUUUUUUAAUUGUACUCUUUCCUUUUUAAUGUGAAAUGUUGUUCUUUCUCAGUUAGUUCACAUAAACAAAACAAAAGCUAAUUCUACAAAAGGGUGUACACAUGUUUUUGAAAUAUUUUGCAUAUCCAAAGAUAAUUGAAUAUGGCUUUCUUUGGUUUAUAAUUUGAUUUUAAGUGAUUAGAGUGGAUUUUAUUUUUUUUAGUGGAGCUCCGAAGAAGAAAACAAAGUGAUGCUCGUGACAUGGGGCUUCUACUGCCACAAGCCACAUGCGUCGGAUCUGCUAGCUAGGAGAAUAUCAUCAAGAUCAUAAGUGAAGUGAUGUCAUCAUAAAGAUCUUCAUGUUAAUGUGCAUGGCAGUCAUCGCAUAUAUUCUCAUAUCCAUCUGUCACCAGGUAAUUAAGUAUGGCUACGAAGUUGUUUGUCCACUGUAGAAAUAAAGAUGUAUCAUGUAUAUUUUUUCUUUCAUAUACGGUAUGUAACAGUUUGUGUCGAUGAUACUUUUGUCCUAACAGAAGUUGAAACAUACGAUACUUUUGUCCUAGCGGUCAAAGCCGAUUUUGGGUAUCAUUACAUCUUUGGCAUACUGGAACCUUUGUAGUAAACUGAGAAUUUCACAAUCCGAUUGACGUUACUAGAGUACAGAGAAAAUGUAACCAAAACCAAUUCAUGUUCAAACAGGCUUAAUUAAUUAUAGCACUAGGAGGCUAUGUAGUUUUUUUUAUGCAUUACUUAGUUUUCCCACAAAAUUUGAUCUGCAACUUGCAUUUGGACGAUCUCGGAACCAUUAGAAGAUCUUUGGUGAUUCCAAAACUCUUUCUUGUCGUUUAUUGCACAAGCAUUAACUUUGACAAGCUUUAGGCAUGAAAGUUUCUCUAGCUCUCUGAUUGUUCCUACAUUCUCAUUUAUCUUCAAGACUUCCACAAGACAUGACAAUAGACAAUAUAUAUAGUAUGAGGACAAACAUCCGCAAAGUCAUCGAAGGGAAAUGGACCUAGACCAGAAAAAAAAAACUCUAAAGAAAAAAAUUCUUUAUCAAAAAAAGAAGAAGAUUUUUGGGAAAAUUGCCAAAAGAGAACAAAAAAAUCAGGUUGUUGUCACUUUGGUAUAAAACCAAUUUUGUCCAUUUUUUCU